UCCAGACGUCUUGUAAUUUUGAGGGAAAUUACGUUAUCGUAAUUUUCCUAAGAGAAAUGUUGCGAAAUGUUUAGUAAAACCCCGGAUCUUAUAGCUCAGAACCUGGGCAGCCUUUUAACAUGCAAGUCGGUUCGUCAGGUUUUGUGUCGCAGGCACCUCAAGACUAAACAAUUUUUAAACCCGAUCCACAAGUAGAACCUCCUCCCGAACGAUAUUCUGAUGAUUUGCUAAACUAGGACCAAUUCGGGGAAAACCAGGGACGGAUACAAUACAACAGUUCAUUAUUCAGUACAAGUUUUUCAAACAAUCAAUUUAUUUGGAUACCUUAUGUCUCAAAUCUAACCUUCAUUAUUGUAAAGUUUGGGCACACCACUGACACUGAAAUUGACUGACGGCAACAGCUUGUCACAGUGAAGUUUGUUAUGACAGCCAUUUUGCAGCAUUUUAUACAAUAAUAACACUAAUUUAUCAGGCUUUCGUUUAAAAGUUUAUCUGAAACCCAAGAUCGGGAUGAACUCAUGGAAAAUUUACUAUGAAAACUAUUAGCUAUUGUGAUGAGAUUUUUUUUCGUUACCAAUUUACGCAGCAGGAUGUUGCAUGUAUAUUACGACACAAAUCUUAUUUUACUGAAUACAAUACUUCCAAGAAAGAUUUAAAGGAAACUUCAGUACUUCAUAAACUUGGACCAACUGCAAAACAAUGUCAGGAGGAGCACCUGACAGAACACCCUCAGAAGAAGAAAGAUUAAGAAAUACUCAAAACAGUCCGCCGGCACAGGAUCAAAAUGCACAGAAUACUCAAAGCACUCAAACACCAAGUCAGACACCUGAUCAGACACCAGGUCAGACAGCAGCUCAGGCACCACCUCAGACACCAGGUCAGACGCCAAGUGAGCAGUCUGGUCAGCUACCAAGCCGGGAGCCAGGUCUUAGACCAAGUCAGCAGCCAGCUCUGACGCCUAUAGGCGAGUCUACUGACGCACUUAGUGUCGACCCAUCGAUUGACACCACUCAAUCAAUAGACCAACCACCUGGGAUGCCGCCCGUACCACCAUCAACACCUUCGAUUCAGAGUGAUGAAUCGACGGAAUCAGUAGACCGACCUUUGGAAUUAAUUCAACUGCCUGUGCCGGAGCUGCCGCCCGGGGCAGCACUCGCUGGGAUGCAGCCACAACUACCCCCCGGAGCGCCUCGCCGACCAUCAGCAUAUUACCAGGAACGACGUACCUCUGAGGCUCCUGAAAAAAAACCUCGAUACCUACAUAAUGCCUUCAAAUAUCCUGGUCAUGAUUUUUUUGCAGGUAUGUUCGAAAGUUUUUUUUUUUACCUAAAAUUAAAAUUGGCCUAA